AUGAUUGUGGAGUAUGGGCACAAGAUUGCGCAAGGCAAGUGUGUUUCUAAGCGUGUGGACAUCACACUAGUCGCCAAAGAAGUCGACCACACGAUCACCAUCAUCACGCACCGGUACAUCCAAUACGGCGACACCUUUGGCGGCGGGGUCAGCAAGCUCUUGUCCAAGUUCAUCAAAGCGCACGGAGGUGACAACCAGACGGUGGUGGUUGAAGGGAUUGACGCGGAGGGGCGGCAGAGAUCAUACAAGUUCGAGUUGAGCGAGGCACCCAUCAAGAAGCACAAGUUUGGGGGCACGUUUGCUGACUGCGAAAAGUUGUGCACGGGUUUCGUGAAGGAGAUUGUGGCAAGAAUGAAGUACCGCAUGUGGGACUCGCUGCAGUUGGGCGGCGCGAAGCUGUUUCAAGUUGAAUCGUGGCUAUCCAGAGAGGACCAGCGCGAUUUGAAGACCCUCGAGUGGCUGGCGGCAAACGAUGAACUGUUUGGCGGUAUGCUUCCAGGUGAGGUUAGCUUUCACACGUGCGUUUGA